AUGGCAGAUGCUCUAUACUAUAGAUUCCCCACCCUGACUGAGAGCGAGGAUGGGGAAAGAACAGGCAACAACGAUAGGGAUGAUAUCGACCCAGAAGGGGAGGAUGAUGACGACGGUGAUGGGGACUGGGAUUCAGAAGACGAUGAACUUGACCAUGAUGACUCUGCAUAUGGCAGCGAUCGGGCCGAGUUCAGCCAAGAAGCCCAUCCAGAACUACAGGUUCCAGCGGAUAGUGAGCUCGAUAUUGCGGUCUUCGAUGAUUUACUGGAGCUGCUCUAUGAUACUUGCCUUACUCUGUGUACGGAGACCUUCAUUGCUGGGCGACCCGGCUCCACGCUAUUAGUUUACUUCAGCGGUAUCCUUGGUUUUUCUAAAGACUGCCAACACUUUUUGCUUGCACGAUAG